GCUAAGAGUUCUGACACCCCGUCACUUUCUUCUGGAAGACAGAGACGACACCUCACACACACGCACACACACACACACACACACAAACACACGCAAACAAACACACACAAACUCAAACCAAGACUCGCACAAAGAGGGGGGAAAGAAAUCACAGAGAGAAAUAGCACACAUAUAUAUUCACAAGAAGAUAUUCCUUAGACUCAGCCUUUUCCAAUGAGGAGUUGUCACCGUCCACAUAAAGUGAGGAUGCUGCCAUAGGGAGAGGAGGAUGUCCGUGUCUCACUGUGCUCCAGUCUCUUCGUUGGUGGGGAAUAAGAGCCAAGAACUGCUGGACUGCAUGCAAACCUGAAUGGCCAUGUGGUCAACUGGACUGGGAAUAGACGUGGUUUAAGACAAACGUGUGGUUCGGUUUGGCGCCCAUGCUGGAUUUCAACUGAGGGUGGUCUGCCUGAACUUGGACUAGGGGUCUUCCUGGAUUCAGAUUCGGUUUAUAGGGUUUCCCUGGAGUUGGAUUCGUUUUUUUUUUCCGGAACUUGGAUUUGGGGUUUCUUCCUGAACUUGGAUUUGGGGGUCUUCCUGAACUAGGAUUAGGGGAUCUUCCUGGAUUUGGGAAGGAUUAUAGGGUCUUUCUGGGGUUGGAUUAGGGGUCUUCUUAAACUUGGAUUAGUGGUCUUCCCGGACUUGGAUUAGGGGUCUUCCUGAAUUUGGAUUAGGGGUCUUCCUGGACUUGGAUUAGGGGUCUUCCUGAAUUUGGAUUAGGGGUCUUCCUGGACUUGGAUUAGGGGUUCUUCCUGGACUUGGUUUGGAAGGUCAGGAUGAGAUUGGCUCUCCUGUUAUCUGCUGCCUUACUGGGCCUUUGGGCCACUGCACUGGUGACAGGAGACUACUCACCCUCAGACACACACACAGAUAGACAUCAAGACACACCCUCAGACAGAGACGAGCACGACACCAAGGCAGAAAGAGACAGGCAGUCAGAUUCUGGUUCUGUCAUUCCUCCAACGGACUGCCCCCAGGAACCAGAGGAAGACUACCAAAGGGGCAUGCAUGCUGACUCCCAUUCGGACACACACCCAGAUCCACACAAUUCACACGAUACACACCCAGACUGGUUCAUGGACUCACAACCAGACUCACAUCUGGAUUCACACCCGGACUCACAUCUGGAUUCACAUCUGGAUUCACACUUGGAGUCACAUCCAGAUUCACACCUGGACUCAGACCCAGACUCAGACCCGGACUCACGCUUAGACGUCCAUCCCAUCAGCAGCAGCCUUAUGCAGUGUGGAGAGUACAGUAAUGAGGUGCUGCCUAACGGGAAGUGUCGAGUGACUGCCACACUGCCCCAGCUUCAACACCAGCGCUGCCCCGACAUGUUCCGAUGCACGGAUGAGGUGUCCUACUGGCUCCAUGAGAACCAGGAGAGAAAGCAGCAGGUGGAGGACCUCCAGGAGACUAUCUCUCAGCUCCAGGAGGAGCUUCGCAGCCACAGGCACCGCAUAAAGUCCCUUGAGCUACAGGGUGAGGACAAGAACAAUGUGAACGGAACCCUGGAGCAACGCUUCCGAUCGUUGGAGGCUCAGUUCGCUGAGGCGGACAACAUGCUGCACGUCCACAGUUCCAUCCUGUUUGAUCUGCAGACUCAGGUCCGGAACCUGUCCAUGACGGUCGAGCGGAUCAAACGAAACCCAGGCUGCAUGAUCAACAUAGUCAGAACCAGCCCACUACUCAGCGCUCAGCAGGCACUGCAUCCAGAGGUGCAGCAUGUGAGGAACUGUCCCAUAGACUGUGCGUCUCUGUACUACAACGGGGUUCAUCGGUCGGGAGUUUACACUGUGGUGCCCUCGCUGGGAGGACACCCUUUGGAGGUCUACUGUGACAUGGACACUGAGGGUGGAGGUUGGACAGUGUUCCAGCGACGUCAGGAUGGGAAGGUGAAUUUUAACAGAGGCUGGCAGGAAUACAAGGAGGGGUUUGGAGAGCUGAGGUCUGAGUACUGGCUGGGCAACGAACACAUCCACCACCUGUCAGCCCAGGGAGAGUACAGCCUCAGGAUCGACCUGGAGGACUGGACACACCACCACAAACACGCUGUCUACCAGAGCUUCAGUAUUGAAGGUGAGGAGAACCAUUAUCGUCUGCAUGUGUCAGGCUACAGUGGCACAGUGGAGGACUCAUUCAGCUGGUACCACGACAAGCAGGACUUCAGCACUCCAGACACGGGAGACAUCUGUGCAGAGAUCUCUCACGCCGGCUGGUGGUACCACCAGUGCUUCUACUCAAACCUCAAUGGGGUCUACUACAAGGGUGGGCGGUACUCCUCUAAAGCAAAGACCCUGCUGGGUCCGGACGGCGUGGUGUGGUACAGCUGGAAGGACUCGGACUACUACUCUCUGAGGAAGACCUCCAUGAUGAUACGACCCAGGGCCUUCAGGCCCCGACUGUCGCCAUGACGACGGCUGCGGGGCGCCGCCGCCAGGCGACCACUCGGGGUGUGAUGUCCGACCUCCACCGGGGGGGUCAAGGGGAACACAGGACACACCCACGCGGACGCCCACAGCCACCUGGCCCGGCUCUUCCUUUGGGAGCUCUGUAAAUACACCCCACACACACUGUAAAUGUCUGUUGGUAUGCUUAAUGGUUCUCUGUGCGAUCUACGCCGUCGUUCGAAGGUUUGGGGUCAGUUAGACAUUUCCUUGCUUUCCAUGAAAACAUACUCGAAAUGAGUUUCAAUAGGAAAUAAAGCAAAAUGAAUUGGAAAUAUAGUCAUUAGGUUAGAAAUAGUGGUUUCUUAACUGAAUAAUACAUUUUAAAUGCGUCCUUCAAAACGUUGCUUUCGUCAAAGAAUCUCCCAUUUGGAGAAAUUACCUUGCAGACCUUUGGCAUUCUAGCUGUCAAUAUGUUGAGGUAAUAUGAAGAGAUUUCACCCCAUGCUUCCUGAAACUCCUCCCGCAAGUACGAUUGGCUUGAUGGGCGCUACUUACGUAUCAUACGGACAAGCUCCUCCCACAACAGCUCAGUAGAGUCCAUUGACUGUGCUGGCCACUCUAUUAUAGACAGAAUACUAACUGCUUCUUUCCUCAAUAGUCCUUACAUAGUUUGAAGCUGCGCUUUGGUUCAUUGUCCUGUUGCAGGAGGAAAUUGGUUAAAAUCAAGUGUCAUCCACUAGGUAUGGCACAAAAUGAGUGAUAGCCUUUCUUCUUCAAGAUCCCUUUUACCCUGUACAAAUCCCCCACUUUACCAACACCAAAACACCCCCAGACCAUCCAGCGUCUUUUCAUUUGGUCAGCGUCUCACAAAUGCUCUUCUUCGUGAUCCGAACACAUCAAACCUAGAUUUGUCGGUCCAUGACACUUUUUUUCCAAUUUUCCUCUGUUCAGUGUCUGUGUUCUUUUGCCCAUCUUAAUCUUUCCUUUUCAUUGGCCAGUCUGAGAUAUGGCAUUUUCCUUACAACUCUGUCUAGAAGACCAGCAUCCUGGAGCUGCCUCUUCACUGUUGAUGUUGAGACUGGUGUUUUGCGAAUGAAGAAAGUUUUGUUUCUGGCCAUUUUGAGCCUGUAAUUGAACUCACAAUUGCUGAUGCUCCAGGUCAUCAACUAUUCUAAAGAAGUCCAGUUUUAUUGCUUCUUUAAUCAGCACAACAGAUUUCAGCCGUGCUAACAAAAGGGUUUUCAAAUCCGUUAGCCUUUUAAAAUGAUAAACUUGGAUUAGCAAACACAGAGUGCCAUUGGAACACAGUUGGUUGCUGAUAAUGAGCCUCUGUAC